GAAGAACAAAAACGUGUGUGUGUGUGUGUGAUUCGCUUGCACGCUGUCGCCUUCUCCAAUUCCCACUCAAAUAUUAAUAAGGGCUUACAGAUCCGGAGGAGGCCGCAAAAUGCGAGCGCACGCCAUGAAUGUUGCAGGAGCGCCGCGUAGCCGAGAUCUCUCGAGUUGUAGGGACAUAAAUCUGUUCACGCGUACCCGGCGUUAUCUCAACACUAGAAUGUUCCCCAAGGUGUGCGCGAAUCGGCUCGUUUUCGCCGUGUCGUGAUCACGCGGGGAAGAAGGGAAACGCGAGAGCCAGGCCAACCGAGACUGCCUCGCUCGCGCAAGCGACGUGACCAGGAAGCCGCCGAGAGACCGACGCCAGCGUGUGAAGCUUUUCAAAAGUUUGGACGCACGCUGGAACACGUGUGGUAAGUUGGAUAUCUCUCGGCCUUGCGUCUUUCUUACUUUUAUCGGACCUCAUAAACAUAAACAAACGCUCACGACCAUUCUUCCUCUUUGUCUCUUGUCGCACGGAGGUCAUUGGCGUCGGGAGCGCUGGCGUUCAUCGGCGCCAUGGACCACGGGAUGAAACAUCCCGCGCUCCCGUUGGAGGUGGAUGUGGAUCUGGGUUUUGCGCUCUUCUUCCUCUCCCUCCUGUGCUUCUUCCUACUGGUGACGGUGGUGCGCUGCGCCCAGACGGUGGUCGACCCUUACGGUUCCAUCUCCACCUCCACCUACCAGGAGGAGCAGAUUAGCUGAACAAUUCGUGUUAAAUGAAAAACCGAAACGCAAUCCCCAAUGUGCGGUGUAUUUUAAAGUUUGAAUGGAAUACGCGGUGCUUGAUCCAUUCAUUCGAGCACCUUACACCACACUCGAAGGCCACAUAAUUUCUAUUUUUUGAUGUCAUGUCUCAAGAUGAAUACUUUGUCGUGCGUCGAAGCUGAUGUUUAUUUAUUUAUUUUUUCAACAAUAAAGGAUAUCCCAGCCCAGG